AUGACUGAAAAGAAGUUUGGCUCGUCUUACGGUGGCAGCAGCGGCGGCGGUGGCCGCAGCUAUGGCGAUCGACCAUCUUAUGGAAGCUCUGACCGCGGCUAUGGUGGUCGUGGCGGUUCCAGCAACGGCUACGGCAGUAGCAAUGGCUACGGCGAUCGAAACCGCGGAGGCUAUGGGUCCAAUCCUGCCCCGGGUGGCCGCUUCUUUCGCAAAUCAAUGGCUCCCCCACCGCCGGCUGAUCUGAAGGUGUACCGGUCUUUCUACCAGGAGCACCCCAAGACCGCUGGUCGCUCUCGCUAUGAGAUUGACGAAUGGCUGCAGAAGAACCAGAUCACCUUUCGCGGUUCAAACAUCAUGAACCCCAUUUUGGAGUUUGACGAACUCAUUGGCCUGCCUCCUAGCGUCAUGGAGAGCAUUCUGAAGCAGGGCUUCACCUCGCCCACAGUCAUUCAGUCGCAAGGAUGGCCUUUUGCCCUGAGCGGCCGAGACAUGGUGGGCAUUGCCCAGACUGGCUCCGGCAAGACUCUUGCCUACACUCUGCCCGCUCUGAUGCACGUUGAGGGAAACAUUCACCGACGCAACUACGGACCUAGCGUUCUGGUCCUGGCCCCCACUCGCGAGUUGGCCCAGCAGAUCAAAGAGGUGGUCAACAUUUUCCGUUCGGCCCGAUCAGUGUGCAUCUUCGGUGGCGCCUCCAAGGUUGGCCAGCGCCGAGAGAUGGAACGCACGCAGCCUUCGAUCAUCAUUGCUUGCCCCGGUCGUCUGAUUGACUUCGUCGAAGAGGGUAGCAUCACUCUGCAGAACAUCAGCUACCUUGUGCUGGAUGAGGCUGACCGUAUGCUGGACAUGGGCUUUGAGCCGCAAAUUCGAAAGAUUGUCGACAAAGUUCCGAAGGACCGUCAGACUCUCAUGUGGUCGGCUACUUGGCCCAAGGAGGUGCGCAAGCUUGCUGAGGACUUUCUCACGAGCUACAUGCAGAUCAACAUUGGCUCCGUUUCUCUGGCGGCCAACCACAACAUCACACAAAUUGUGGAUGUUUGCGAGGAGAGCGAGAAGUACCAGAAGCUGUACAAAUUGCUGACUGACGUGAAUGCCAAUUUGCGCGAGAACAAGACAAUCAUUUUUGCCGAAACGAAGCGCAAAGUUGAUGAGCUAAGCAAUCAAAUGCGAGCUGUCGGCUGGCUGGUGAACUCGAUUCACGGCGAUAAGCCACAGAGCGAGCGUGACUGGGUUUUGAAUGAUUUUCGUUCUGGGCGCAACACUAUUUUGAUUGCCACUGAUGUGGCUGCUCGUGGUUUGGAUGUGGACGACAUUAAGUACGUGAUCAAUUUCGACUAUCCGAGCUGCAGUGAGGAUUACGUGCACCGAAUCGGCCGUACUGGACGCCGUGAUAAGAAGGGUACUGCGUACACGUUCUUCACGAGCAACAACGCCAAGCAGGCGAAUGAACUGAUUGACGUGCUAAAGGAGGCCAAGCAGGAGAUUAGCCAGAAGCUGUACGAGUUGUCUAGUCAGUCGUGGCGCUACGGUAAGAACCCACGUCGUCGUUACGGAGGCGGAG